CCUAGGGUUCGCGCCUCCCCGCCGGUCGCCGCCCGCCGCCCGCCGAUCCUCUCCCCGCCGAGGAUCAGGGCCGGCCGCGCCCGCUCCCGUCGGUCGCCGCUCUGGAUCCGCGCCCCUCGGCGCCGAGCUCCGCCCCCGCCCGCCCGGGCCGCUGAAAGAUGAUAAACCUUUUUAAGAUCAAGGGGCAGAAGAAGGAAGAGGCAGCCAACUCAAAUGGGGGGCCGCCUGUUAAGAAGCAAAGUCCAGGGGAAUUACGUCUCCAUAAAGAUAUUGCUGAGCUUAACCUUCCAAAGACAACUAAGAUUUCCUUCCCAAAUGGAAAGGAUGAUCUCAUGAACUUUGAAGCUACUCUACGGCCUGACGAAGGAUACUAUCUAGGUGGGUCAUUCACUUUCACCUUCCAAGUAUCUCCUUCAUACCCUCACGAGGCUCCAAAGGUCAAGUGCAAGACUAAGGUUUACCAUCCCAAUAUUGACCUAGAAGGAAAUGUCUGCCUGAACAUUCUGCGUGAAGACUGGAAGCCCGUCUUGAAUAUCAACACCAUAAUCUAUGGUUUAAACCUUCUUUUCUCACAACCCAAUGACGAGGACCCCUUGAAUCAUGAAGCUGCGGCCGUCCUCCGGGACAACCCGCAGAAGUUCCAGAGAAACGUCCAGAUGGCGAUGUCUGGAGGCUAUGUCGAUAACACCCAUUUCCCAAGGUGCAAGUAAAGCGGGCGGGCUGGCCUGGUACGUGCAAGUAAGGCGGGCAGGCGGGCCUGGUACGUGCUUGCUUCUGGCUCGCGCCCACCUACCCUACCCCUGAAUGCCAAGCAUUGCACAAUCUGAAGAAAUGCGGGCGGCAUACCCAGGAAAUGUAUCUAUCAUACUUGUUUGUGUCAAGAAGAUGUGACUGCUAUUGUGCUUGUUUGGUGGAUGUUCUGGAAUCGUCGUGUAACAUGAAGAAGAAAUGUGGUGACGUUAUGCAGCGAAACUCGCCUGUAUCGAGCUGAAAAUUAAGUUGUGGGUGUUGUUGUGUCAAACUGAAUUAUCUCGACCCAAGAAAGGAAUCACCCAUUCAGGUAUUAUAUCUACCUUUUGGGGAGGAAAAAAGAAUGGCACUCAGCGUAUUCUUUUGAAUUUAAUGUUCCUUGCCAUAUCGUAUCAAAGUGUUGCUUGAGACACUUUAAAUUUUCAGAUGCAAAAUGUUCCAGAAAA